AGCUGAUUCACCGCUUCCGGCCCUUUUGUUGCUAUAACUAUCUUACGAAACCCUUAUCCUGCCUUAUAACCACUUCCUAACCCCCUGGGCCUUUCAAGCGUCUUUGAUUUUGGACUCGAUUUGACAUUCAAUAUAUAUACAUCUUUUAAAUCUUUCCAACAAUGUCAUUCCCUCCUGCGCCCGUCAGUACUAUCGACUGGAACAAUAUUGGAUUCAAGAUCAGAGAAGUAAACGGCCAUGUCGAAUCCCACUACAGCGUCAAGACCGGGAAAUGGUCUGAGCCAGAAUUUGUCGAGGACCCCUUCUUAAGGAUCCACGGCAUGGCUCCAGGUCUGAACUAUGGCCAGCAGGCAUUCGAGGGUAUCAAAGCUUUCCGUGGCCCCGACGACCAAAUCCACAUCUUCCGCCCCGUCCAGAAUGCUGACCGGAUGGCUCACUCCGCCAAUGUGGUCUCUAUCCCGCCAGUGCCUCGUGAGCACUUUAUCCGUUGUCUUCAUCUCGCCGUCUCGCUCAACGCCGACUACGUGCCGCCCCAUCACACUAGUGCUGCCAUGUACAUUAGACCUUUGGUCUUUGGAUCGAGCGCACAGCUAGGCUUGAACCCGCCAGAGGAGUACACCUUCGUAGUCUACGUUCUCCCCGUCGGUGUCUACCACGGUGUGCAUCCCGUGGACGCUCUUAUUCUGGAAGAAUUCGACCGCUCUGCUCCUCAUGGAACGGGUAACGCCAAGCUCGGCGGUAACUAUGCCCCCGUCCUUCGCUGGAGUGAGAAGGCCAGAGAGGAGGGGUAUGGUAUUACCCUCCACCUCGACAGCCAGACUCGUACCGAGAUCGACGAGUUCUCUACUUCGGGAUUCAUGGGCGUGAAGAAGGACGGAGACAGCUACAGUAUCGCCGUCCCUGACAGCACGUGCGUCAUCAAGAGUGUGACCUCUGAUAGCGUCUGCGAGAUUGCCAAGUCUUUUGGCUGGAAGGUCGAACGCAGAUCGAUCAAAUUUGAAGAGCUUUCCUCGUUCGACGAAGUCCUUGCUGCCGGCACUGCGGCAGCUCUUGUUCCCAUUCGAUCCAUUACGAUGAAAUCGAGAAAUGCCAAAUUCGAAUAUCUCAAAGGCGACGAGCCGGGCCCUGUGUGCCUGAAGCUGCUGAGCACCCUUCAGGGUAUCCAGCUUGGAAAGAUUCCAGACACAUUCAACUGGCGUCUCAAGGUCUCUGAGGAGAAGGACUACAAGAUCCGUGGCACCGGCGCAAGGGAUGAAGUCACCACUGGCCUUGGUUCGAGCGUUGACAAGCUUCCUUAGAGUGCAUGACUGGUUUUUCAGCUUUGGCCAAUGCAUCACGUAUUAGAUGUUUCAGCGUUCGAACGAUAGAAUGAGCAGGCAGACUUUUCUCAUGAUAAAAAAAAUGAAGCUUUAAAAUGUUUACGGUUUACUUUUCUAAGUUCCUGAUGAAAUCCAGUUGCAAAUCAGAACAAAUCCAUUGUAUACCCUAUGAACGGAAAUCAUCACGUUAAGAUAAUACCAGCACCAUAUACGGAGCUAUAUAACAUCCACAAAUCGAAGGCGGA